AUGGCCCCGCCAACCCUCUCCCUCCUCUCAGACCUCACACCACCCUCCCUCGAACGAGCAUGGCUCUCAGCCCCGCACCCCACCCUCCCCAUCGUCGCAACCUGCAGCUCCGACAAGACCGUGCGAGUAUACUCGCUCACGAACUUCAAGCUCCUCUCCACAAUCACAGGCGGCCAUAAGCGCAGUGUCCGCACCGCCGCCUGGAAGCCGCACGUACAAGGUGAAAGCGUGCUUGCAACGGGCUCCUUCGACGCCACAGUCGGCGUCUGGCGACGAUGGGAUAGUUAUGGGCGGACGGAAGGCGGUAGUGCCAGCGCCGGUGCCGAUGAUGCAUCCGCGUCUAACCCCGAUGCAGGGGAUAAUGACGAGGAAGAUGAGGAAUGGCGGUUCGCCGUGUUGCUGGAUGGCCACGAUAGCGAGGUCAAGUCUGUGUCGUGGUCUGCGUCGGGGAUGUUGCUUGCGACGUGUGCGCGGGACAAGUCAAUUUGGAUCUGGGAGGAUCUCGAUGACGGAGAUAACAAUUUCGAGACGGUAGCGGUUAUGCAGGAGCAUGGGGGUGAUGUGAAGUGUGUUGCGUGGCAUCCCGCGGAGGAGUGUCUUGCGAGUGGUGGCUAUGAUGAUACGAUCCGGGUUUGGCGGGAGGAUUUGGAUGAUUGGGGUCAAGUUGCGUGUAUUAAAGCGCAUAGUGGCACGGUGUGGUUCCUGGAUUGGGAGAGUGUGGACAAUGUGCCAUUGACUUCUUCUUCAUCAUCAGCAGAUGAGGGCGCAGAGCUAGUGAACCAGUGGCGCGAGCAGCAUGCCUUAUCUGGCCCCCGUUUGCUUUCUUGCUCAGAUGACCGAACCGUCCGGAUCUGGCGCCGCUUGCCAAAAGAAAACGGAAGCCCUGGCUUGAACUCGUCUGCAUCAACCGGAAUCCCGAGUAUCAUCCGGCCAACUGGAUCAGAUGAGACAUGGGAGGAAGACGCAGUGCUGCCCCACGCACACGAACUGGCCGUAUACGCCGUGGCGUGGAGUCGACGCACCGGAAUCGUCGCAUCCGUCGGCGCCGAUGGACGAAUUGUGCUAUACGACGAGCGAAUCGUCAACGCACCCGCGUCUGACGCAGAUGCCAUGGAAACCGAGUCUACGAAGAAGCCAUCCGUGCAGACAGAAUGGUCUAUUCUUGCGGUUGUGGAUGGCGCACAUGGCAUCUAUGAGAUCAACCAUGCUGCUUGGGCGAAGCGAGCGGAUCGAGGGUCUACGGAGGGUCAGGAGGAAGAGGUUUUGGUGACAACUGCGGAUGAUGGGAGUGUGAAGGUGUGGACGCUUCAGCGGUGA